UCUAUCCCGGCGCUGCGGCCAUUGUGCGGCCCGGGUGCGGCGAAGGCCGCCCCUCGGACUUCAGAGUUGCAGAGGACUGAAUCUGCACCGGGGGCUGGAGGAGCCGGCCCGAGCCCUGGGUGGGCCUGAGGUCCCGAAAUCCGUAGUCCCCAGGAGGCGGUGAUUCCGAACCCUGCCUAGGAGCCGGGCCCGGCGACGCAGGAAUGGCCCCGAGGCCUCCGACGGCCAGGCCCCAGGAAUCAGUGACAUUUAAAGAUGUGGCUGUGAACUUCACCGAGGAAGAAUGGCACCACAUGGAUCCCGCUCAGAGGCGCUUGUACAGGGAUGUGAUGCUGGAGAACUACAGCCACUUGGUUUCUCUUGGAUAUCAAGUUUCCAAGCCAGAGGUGAUCUUCAAAUUGGAGCAAGGAGAAGAGCCAUGGAUAGCAGAGGGAGAAAUCCAAAGACCUUUCUGUCCAGACUGGAAGACCAGGCCUGAAGCCAAAUCUUCAAAUCUGCAGCAGAACAUAUCUGAAGUAUCCCUUAGCACAGAUGAUCCCUCAUGUGCCACGUUAGAAGACACUUGGGAUGUUAAUGGCCAGUUAGAGAGGCACAAGGAAAACUGGAAGAGACAUUUGGGGCCAGAUGCAUCCACCCAGAAGAAAAUAAUCACACCAGAGGAAGCUUGUGAGCAAAAUAAAUUUGUUGAAAAUUCUAGAUUGAACACAGACCUGGUUACACAACUGAACAUUCCUCCAAGGUCUAAUGAAUGUGAUACACUUGGGAGCAAUUUGGGACAUAAUUCAGACUUACUCAGUCAGAAUAAUAUCCUUGCAAAAAAGAAACCUUACAAAUGUAAUAAAUGUAGAAAAGCCUUUAUUCAUAGGUCAUCACUGACUAAACAUGAGAAAACUCAUAAAGGAGAUGGAACUUUCCCCAACGGUACAGAUCAGGGAAUUUAUCCUGGAAAGAAACACCAUGAAUGUACUGACUGUGGGAAAACCUUCCUCUGGAAGACACAACUUACUGAGCAUCAGAGAAUUCACACUGGGGAGAAACCCUUUGAAUGUAAUGUGUGUGGGAAGGCCUUCAGGCAUAGCUCAUCCCUCGGUCAGCAUGAGAAUGCUCAUACUGGAGAGAAACCCUAUCAGUGUAGUCUCUGUGGGAAAGCCUUCCAGCGCAGCUCCUCCCUUGUUCAACACCAGAGAAUUCAUACUGGAGAGAAACCAUAUCGAUGUAAUUUGUGUGGUAGGUCGUUUAGGCAUGGCACAUCCCUCACUCAGCAUGAGGUCACACAUAGUGGAGAGAAACCCUUCCAAUGUAAGGAAUGUGGGAAAGCCUUUAGUCGAUGUUCUUCCCUUGUCCAGCAUGAAAGGACUCACACAGGAGAGAAACCUUUUGAAUGUAGCAUAUGUGGGAGGGCUUUUGGUCAGAGCCCAUCCCUUUAUAAACAUAUGAGGAUUCAUAAGAGAGGCAAACCUUACCAAAGCAAUAACUACAGCAUAGAUUUCAAGAGCUCAUCUCUUACUCAACAUGAAAACACUCUCACUGAAGUGAAAUCCUAUCAUUGCAAUGACUGUGGGGAAGACUUCAGUCACAUUACAGAUUUCUCUGACCAUCAGAAGAUCCACACUGGAGAAAACCCCUAUGAUUGUGAGCAGGCCUUCAGUCAACAAUCUAUUUCUCAUCCUGGCGAAAAACCCUAUCAAUGUAAUGUAUGUGGGAAAGCUUUCAAAAGGAGUACGAGUUUCAUAGAGCAUCACAGAAUUCAUACUGGAGAAAAACCCUAUGAAUGUAAUGAAUGUGGAGAGGCCUUCAGUCGACGCUCAUCACUGACUCAACAUGAGAGAACCCACACUGGAGAGAAACCCUAUGAAUGUAUCGACUGUGGUAAAGCCUUCAGUCAGAGUUCAUCCCUCAUUCAGCAUGAGAGAACUCAUACUGGAGAAAAACCCUACGAAUGUAAUGAAUGUGGGCGAGCUUUCCGAAAGAAAACUAAUCUGCAUGAUCAUCAGAGAAUCCAUACUGGAGAAAAACCCUAUGCUUGUAAGGAAUGUGGGAAAAACUUCAGUCGAAGCUCAGCUCUUACUAAACAUCAGAGAAUUCAUACACGAAAUAAACUCUAGGAACCUUGACAUUAGGGAAUGUGCCAAAAGCUUUAGCUAAAAUAUUGUUCUUAUUCAGUAUCAGAGGAUUCUUACUGGAGAGAAAGCUUGAGGAUGUACUGAAUUGUGUGUGUGUGUGUGUGUGCACGUUGUGUGUGAAGAAAGCUCUGUGCUAGUAGACAGUGUUUUUUUUAAUAAAAGCCACAUUCUCUGGGAUUCCCUGGUGGUCCAGUGGUUAUAAGACUCCACACUUCCAACUGCAGGGGGCACAGGUUCAAUCCCUGGUUGGCGAACAUCCCGCAUGCCAUGUGGUGCAGCCAAAAAAGAGAAGAAAAAAAAAACAGGAAAAAAAUAGACAAAAGCCGCAUUCUCAGAUCUGAUUUCAGACGUGUGUAAAAACAACUACAAACAUAUAACCUGUUAGAAAUGGUAUGCCUAUAUAUUGGACUUUGUAAAUCUUUUGAAUAUAUGUUUGCAGGAGAUCACCAACUUUCAACAAUUUAACUUGUAACUCUCACUGUUUACAGCCUUUUUAAAAAAUAAAUAAAACUCCCAUGGUAGUGUCCAAAACUCAUUUUUAAAUUGCUUGACAGCUGCAUUCAACUGCAGCUCUUACAUUAAAUUUACCAUGGAAACCAGUUUCACCUCCAGGAAUUCACCAUUCAAAGAAUUAGAUCAACUGGUCCAACCGCUUCAUUGUACAGAUGAAGAAACUGAAAGCCAAAGAUGUGAAGUGGUUGCACAGCAUGAUACAGUUUAUAGUGGCAAAGCUGGGUGGAAAAUGCAGGUCUCCUGGAUCUUUGGCCCCAUGGUCUUGCCACUGAAAAGAUACUUUGGAAUUCAGGGCUUUAA